CUCCUAUCUGCAUUCACCCUCCCCUAACAUGUUUUUCACGCUGAAGAAAGGAGUAAAAACAUCUCCCAUGAUUUAAGUAUCAUAUUUAGAACAGAAAUAUAUUUCUUGUAUACUCUUCUCAAUCUCUCAGUAUCUUCCUAAAAAAAUAUAAAAAUGAGCUUGUUCUGGACUCUCACCUUUAUCCUGCCAGCUUUACUAAAAUCAGGUUAUUCUCUCUCCUGUAAACACUGCUUUAACAAUACCGGCAACUAUUGUUCAGGACCAGAACUUCCCUGUGAUUCUAAAGAAGAAGUUUGCGUUUCAAGUUACACCAAAACCUCUGUAGGUGGGAUGGAGAUCUCCAACAUUUUUUUGCAACAAUGUGACAACCGUGCUCUUUGCGCUCAAUCUGCAAGUAUCAGCUUUCCUGAUGGCAGAGAAAGAACCAGUUACACCUGCUGUUUAAAGGAUGGGUGCACUCCUCCUGUGCCUACAUUUCCAGUUGAUAAAACUGAGGAGAAUGGAGUAAGCUGUGUGAGCUGCAUUGCUGUUAAUGAUAAAAUGUGCACUUCUAAAGAGCUUAUGAAAUGUAUAGGAAAUGAGAACAAGUGUAUCACUCAGGCCACUUUUAUUUCAGAACCUGUAUCCUCGACCACCGUUGUACGUGGUUGCGCAACACCAAAUUCCUGUGUGGGUGAUACCACAGAAAAAGUUGUUGGCACUCUGAGAACAAAAAUCGAUAUCUCCUGCACAGACGGAAGCAUCAGUCCUCACUACAACCUGCUUCUUCUGAUAUUUUCUAUACUAAAUUUUUUUCUGAACUAACAUGCUAUGGGGUUGAUCACAAUCCUUUAGAAAAAAAACAAUUCAAAUGCUUUAUCUAAAAAAAAAAAAAAUCCAAAGAUUUUAAUGGUGGUUUUUUGUAUGAAAACAAUAGAUAAUUUUUUCUAAAGUGCUGUGAUCAACACCUAAUGUGUGUAAGAAAUUUGUGAACAUACAGUAUAAGCACUGUAUCUGCAUGUCUUAUGCACUGUAAAUGCAUUGUAUAUAUUGGAGCUUUCUAGUGGGGCUAUACUGUCUAUUUUGUUAACGGGACACUGAACCCACAUUUUUUGUUUCUUGAUUCAGAUAGAGCAUGCGAUUUUAAGCAACUUUCUAAUUUACUCCUAUUAUCAGUUUUUCUUAGUUCUCUUGCUAUCUUUAUUUGACAAAGAAGGCAUCUAAGCUAAGGAGCCAGACAAUUUUUGGUUCAGAACCAUAGACAGCACUUGUUUAUUGGUAGGUGAAUGUAUCCAUAAAUCAGCAAGAACAACCCAGAUUGUUCACCAAAAAUGGACCGGCAUCUAAACUUACAUUCUUGCUUUUCAAAUAAAGAUACCAAGAGAAUGAAGAAAUGUGAUAAUAGAAGUACAUUAGAAAGUUGCUUAAAAUUGCAUGCUCUAUCUGAAUCACGAAAGAAAAAAUUUGAGUUCAGUGUCCCUUUAAUAUAAAAUAUUUAUAUAUCUAUUAUUUAUUUUAUUAUUAAUAAUAAUGGGGUCAUAUUUGACUGAGGCCUUUUUAGCUCUUUUUGUGGAUGAAAAGGUCACUUUACGAUUUGACGCAAUCACAAUAGUGUAUUUUCAGCUAUUUCCUGUCCUGCAAUCUUGUUUUUGGCUCCUCAAUAAAAGCCCUAUUUUUACCAUUGGGCUGAAAAGUU